GCCCGCCGCAGCCCGCAACAUGGCGUCGUGCUGUCACCUGUGUGUGUGAGGAGGGGAGCAGGAGCUGGCCGCUGCGCCCCAGGCACGGCCGCCGCUAGAGAUCCCAGCUCCCCCUCUUCCCCGCUGACAGCCCCCGGUCCCGCUUCCCCUCAGGGAGCCCCCGGCGCUCAGCUCCCGCCCCCCAGCGCGCGAGGGACCCUCUCCCUUCCCAUCUCCCCCCCGCCAUGGGAGGGUAGCGGGGCCCGCCUCACUUCUGCCCCAGGAUCGCCCGGUGCCAGCCCCAUGGGGUCCCCGGCGGCGGCUGCGGACUCGGCCCAGUGGCUCUCGGUGAAGGAGGAGACCAUCUUCCUACACGACGGGCUGAUCCGGGUCACCGACCUGGCCGAGCUGCCCAGCGAGAUCAUCGGGGUGGCCGAGCCCGGGGACACCGAGCUGGAGAUUCUAACAUUUGAGACUAAGAAUCCAACAGAACUAGCUGAGCGUUUGCGUUCUGUAUGUGGAAACCAGAGCAACGCCUAUGCCCGUCUGCUUGAAUACCGUUUAAAUGCUUUGCGUGGACUCUGGAAUGCCCAGCGCCAGCUAGCCUUGGAAGAACAACACGAACGGGAAAAUUCUGGGGAUGAAGAAACAUUGGCCUUGCUCAAGCGUCAGGGUUUGUUACAGCAACCUGAGCAAGCACCAUUUACUUCACGGAUGGGACUUCUAUUGGUCUUUCCUCUCAUUCAGUCUCAAAGUAGAACAGACCCUUCUCUCUGUAACAUAACUGCUGAGGUACUAUUGAAUUGCCUUCGAGAUUGCCAGCCUUUGAGUUUGACUAAGGAACCAGCUGACUGUCUUAAUGGAAUUGAAUCUUUGCUCUGCUCCUGGUUGGAGGAAACAUCUGCCUCAGGCCAACAGAUUCCAUAUAAACAAAAAGAGAAUGCUGCUGCCGCCCUUGUUGCCUUGGCCUGUGCAAGGGGAUCACUGAAAACUUUUGUUCACACAGUACAUCUAUUACAGAAACAGACAGACCUGGGAUCCCUGCCUGUGGCUGAUGUAUUAUACAGGUUGCUGCUUCUGGAAGGUGGGCCUGGAUCUCCCUCCUGUUUGCUUGGGGGAAAACACAUGGUAUCUUGGGGAUUUGAAGAUAUGUUACCUGCACCUGAUGCCAACAGUGGCUCCAGCUCUGAAAACAAAGAUGCAGACUUAGGGCGCUGUCUUGCAGCAGAUGGACUUUAUCUUUAUACAACUAAUUCAGUAGGCAGAGGAAUAAGCAAAUUAGGAUCUGGAUUACACGGUACUUUACGAGGCUUUGUAUACUGUCGUAACGAGGAGUUGGAGACUGGAUGGGUUGCUUUUGGCAAUGGCAAACUUCUUCAUCGGCCUGUCUCUUUUGAUAAUAAGCCUCACUCCCUUUUCCAGGUCAUUGACCAGAAUACCCUUCAGGUAUGUCACAUACUCCCCAUGCCAGUAAAUCACUUCCCAGUUGGCAGUACUAUGACCACAGUACAUCUUUCUUCAGAUGGUACCUAUUUCUACUGGAUCUGGUCUCCUGCAAGCCUGAAUGAAAAAACACCAAAGGGACACUCUGUCUUUAUGGAUAUUUUUGAACUUAUAGUAGAAAAUGAUAUAUGUAUAGCAAAUCCUCUACAAGAGCGCAUUAUACUAAUGAGAAAAGAGGGAGAAUCUGCAAAGAGUAUAAAUGAGAUGCUUCUGAGUAGGCUUUCAAGGUACAGAGCUUCCCCAUCAGCAACACUGGCUGCUUUAACUGGCUCUACAAUUUCCAAUACAUUGAAAGAGGACCAAGCAGCUGCUAACACUAGUUGUGGGCUACCACUAAAAAUGUUACGAAAGACUCCAAUGUACACAUGUGGAACAUAUUUGGUGAUGUUGGUCCCACCUCCAGGUGGGUCAGGCAGCUCUGCGACACGAUCACUGUUUGGUGGGACAAGUGGUUUGUCAUCUUUGAAAAUUCUUGCUUCUAGCUUGGUAUACAAUAUUUCGGAUGGGCAGUUCACAAGCCGAGCAGAUCUCAUUGAUGCCGCAGGAAGUUCACUUGGACGUGGUGCUCUAAUACCAGGACUUGGUGCAUGUUAUGAUACUAUGAAUAACAUGAUAUGGACGUGCUCUAAUGACUAUAUUGAUCAAUGGUGUAAUCCUGGAAACCAAGCAUUCCAUUAUGUCUGUCAGAGACUGGGAGUUAGUCAUAUCAUCACAGAGCCUAGAGGAGAUGCUAUAACCACAAAUGAGGUCAUCAACCAGUUACUGCACCAUGUUGGUGCCAUGUGCAUACACCAACUAAAUCUGCUUGCAGCCAGUAACAAUCUCCCAAUCACAAAUUUUUUGGGCAAACAACAUCCAAUUGAAGCACACCAUCUCAGCAGCAUUUGCGACAUCAUGGAGAAAGCUAUGGUGAAUGGAGAUACUUGCAUUAUACGCUGCAUCCUUGUUGUCUUUCAGGUGGUUUUUAAAUUUUUCUUCAGCCCCCAAACUGAGAGAAACAGAGACAUUGUUAGAAGGUCUGGCCUUUUACUUUGGCAGUUAUUGAUGGCACCAAAGAGCCAGAUUUGCCCUGAAAUUCAGAAGGAGGUCUGUCUAGCAAUCAGCUCUGGCUUAAAUAUCCUAUAUCCUGGAGAAGUGGAAAUUAAUAACUUACUUAAGUUGGUCUUGACGGAAGGAGAGAGAAAUAGUGGGCUCUCCCAACUUCGUGAUGUGAUCCUCACUAACUUAGCUGAACAGCUUCAGAACAACAGAUUUGGAAGUGAAGAUGACGAUCAUUACAGACUAAACGAUGAGCUUUUGCACUACAUUCUCAAGAUUGUUGUUCGAGAAUCUUGCAUCUUAAUCACCAAGUGCCAAAUUGUAUCUAAAGAUGAAUUUCAAAGACUGCUUUCAACUGUGCCUGCUGCAUCUUCAUGCUUGCGGUAUCUGAUGGCUGUACAGAACCACCUUCUGAGUAAUACUAUUUUGAUUAAACCUGAUGAAAAUGAUGACAGUGACAGCUCCUUGCAGGGAGAGACAUUGAAGGUACAGGAGCUAAAGACCAGUAUUUUGGCUCUUGCUACACAAAUCCUGACUGGAUGUGAUGAAGUUUUAGAAAUGCUGCAACAGGUCACUACAGCUCUUAUAAACAGUGACAUUUCUGACAGAGAGCAGAGGUUAAAAGGCCUGGAACAAGUUACCAAGGCUACUAUGCUUGGUCACCUGCUUCCGGUAUUACUGACAUCUCUGAUGCAUCCAAAUUUACAGACCCUCACCAUGGCCGAUGCACUGAUGCCUCAGCUGGUACAGCUGGUACUUUAUACCAGUCAGACGGCCUUGUUGCUUAAAACCCAGUCUCCAGUUUUCUCAGAGGUGGGCAGUUCCCCCAGUGGUACAUCAGAGCAGAAGGGCAAGCUGUUCCCUGAUGAGAGAAUGCUAGAAGAGAAAGAGGAGCCAGGUUUUCUCACUGGCUUGAAAAUCCCAGCUCCGUGGGCUGCUGGGAAAACUGUAGAAACCGUGCAUCCUGUCAGGGACAACUAUAAAUUUAAAGAAACUGUACAUAUUCCAGGAGCUCGCUGUUUAUACCUUAGAUUUGAUAGCAGAUGUUCUUCACAGUACGAUUAUGAUAAGUUGGUGAUCUAUGCUGGUCCUAACACAAACAGUAGGAAGGUUGCUGAGUAUGGAGGCAAUACACUGGGAUAUGGCAGCCGUAGUGUCUUAGGAACGGGUUGGCCGAAAGACUUAGUGAAGGUGGAAGGGGAUACAGUCACCUUCUCCUUUGAAAUGAGGAGUGGCCGUGAGCACAACACUCCAGACAAAGCUAUGUGGGGCUUUGCUUGCACUGUUCGAGCACAGGAGUCUUCAGAAGAUGUGUCAGGAGGAUUACCAUUCUUGGUUGACCUGGCUUUAGGCCUUUCUGUGUUAGCUUGUUCCAUGCUAAGGAUAUUAUAUAAUGGACCAGAAAUUACGAAAGACGAGGAAACAUGCCAGGAACUCUUAAGAUCUAAACUGUUACAGAGAUGCCAGUGGCAGGUGGAGGCCAAUGGGGUAAUAUCUCCAGCCCUCACUCCAAGUCCUUCUCCACUGCCUCUUACUAUAGAUGAGGAUCGAGAAUUCACAUAUCCUUCUGAUGUCCUAGUUCCUCCUGUAGGACAUUACUUUGAUCUGCCUAGGAUCAGGUUGCCUCCAGGAAUCAUGAUAAAACUCAGGGAAAUAUCUGGACGUGCUCGGCCUCAGUUUAGACCUAGUAUAAAAGAAGUGAUUCAGCCAGAUGUAAUGGAGGAGAUGGUAGUUUCAUGUGUUAUUAAACAUUUGAACUUGGUUGAUGCGCUCCAGUCCCUAAUAAACUUCCAGUAUCAAGAAGAACAUGCUGAGGAAUAUGAUUUGCUGUGUAAAAUUAUGGGAGAGACCUUUAAGAAGCUAAAUGCCAUGGAAAGACAAUUGCAGAGUGUAGCUGAAUUGGAACAGAGAUGGCAGAAUGAGGUAGAUGAUGCCAUACAUGGGAAGCUGGAAAACAAUGUUCCAUUCUUUUAUGAUUAUCAUUUCAAUGAGAGCAAAAUGAAAGAAUUGGAACUUCUAUGUUCAAUGAAAGAAAUUUCCUUUGAUGGAAGUGAUCUUGAGAAUAUGGUCCUGUCAUUGAGGGAGAAAUUUUUUCAAGAAGUCAAUUCUCUGAUUCAGAAGCCCUCACAUCCCUUGGCUAAAACAAAAACAUUAGUAAAGAGCUUGAUGAAUAGAGCAGAGCUACUGUUGCAUGUUACUAUUGCAGCACAAGCUGGUAUCACAAGAAGUAUAUCCGGUACCCCUGCUGAGACACCAGCUUGUAAAUCAGCAUCUGAAACAAAAGUGAUCUCUCAUGCUGUCCGCCAGCCUGUCUUCCUUCGUAGCAUGUCGGCACCUUCUGACCUAGAAAUGAUUGGAAAUGAAGAUUUGGAGUUCACUAGAUCAAGUCAGAGGCGGCGCCAUGUUACUAGUCAUAGAAGUAGCUCUUUUACUCUUCUUCAAUCUUUGACCGUCGAAGAUAGCAGAGAUAAACCUACGUACAGUGUCUUGUUAGGGCAGCUGUUUGCUUUCAUUGGGACAAAUCCUGACCAAGCGGUAUCCAGUAGCAGUUUUCUGUUAGCUGCUCAGACCAGGUGGCGUCGUGGGAACACAAGGAAACAGGCACUGGUGCAUAUGAGAGAGCUUCUAACAGCAGCAGUUCGGGUUGGUGGUGUUACACAUCUUGUGGGUCCAGUGACUAUGGUGCUUCAAGGAGGACCAAGAAUCGAAGAACUCACUUGUGGCGGGAUGGUGGAACAAGUCCAAGAAGCCUUUGGAGAGACCAUGACCUCGGUGGUUUCAUUGUGUGCUCGUUACCCCAUUGCUUGUGCAAAUAGCAUUGGCCUCUUGUGCACUAUACCAUAUACAAGGAGUGAAGAGAAGUGCUUGGUACGCAGUGGCCUGGUGCAGCUUAUGGACAGGCUCUGUAGUUUAAGCAGCCAGACAGAAUCCAGCUCAAAUGAAAAGCAGACUAAAAAACAGAAGGUGGCUACGAUGGCUUGGGCUGCCUUCCAGGUCCUAGCCAAUCGCUGUGUUGAAUGGGAAAAAGAAGAGGGUGGUUCAACAGAGGCUGUUCAUUCUGGUCUGGCUCGUCAAGUCUCCAGCCUUCUUACCAAUCACCUGGCACGAGCGACAGAAUGUUGUGGUAAUCAGGCCGCUGGAAAUGAUGCACUGCAAGAUGUACUUAGCCUUCUUAAUGACCUGUCAAGGAGUCACAUAGGUAAAGCGAUCCUGAGCCAGCCAGCCUGUGUGUCCAAACUUCUCUCACUGCUUCUGGACCAACGACCGUCUCCAAAACUCGUCCUUAUAAUCCUCCAGUUGUGUCGUGCUGCGCUUCCUCUCAUGAGUGUAGAAGACUGUGGAAAUGUUGAACUGCCCCCAUGGAGUUACUCUGUGCCCUCCCUGAACAGUGAACAGGAUGACCCCAGUGACCCAGCCUCCAAGAUUGCAUCACUACUCUUAGCAAAAUUGGCAGAUUAUGUGGUGCCAGGAUGUCAGACAGUUCUGUCUCCAACUGCAUCUGAACCAGAUACCACUUUGGCAAAAACCAGCCCCAAAAAUUCCAUAAAAGGAGAUAAAGAUCCUGGAGAAGAGAGUGAGGCAGUGGAUGGUAAACUUUCUAUUUUUAUUCACAAACGGGAAGAUCAGUCAUCCCAUGAAGUCCUUCAGCCCUUACUGAGUAGUUCAGAAGGUCGACCAUUCCGACUUGGCACUGGAGCUAACAUGGAGAAAGUAGUGAAGAUGGAUCGGGACAUGACUAAAAGUGGCUGCUGUGAGGUUAUUACAGAAGAGGCUGCUGCAGCUCUUCGGAAGGCUACCAAGUGGGCACAAUCUGGCCUAAUUGUCAGCGUCGGGCCACCUAUUGAAUCUAUCAGUCCAGAGACCACUAGCGGGCUGUCAACUGGUGACAAAAAGAAAACUGCUCAGACCUCCAUUUGCAGGGAGAGGAAUUCUGAACUUGCCAGAACAGAUCCUGUGCGCCCAUUUAUCAGUGGGCAUGUAGCAAACAGUAUGGCCGCAGAGGUGAUUGCUCUGCUUCACAGCUUAUUGAUGGCACCAGAAUCAAAUGCAGCUCAAAUAUGGACAACAACGGCUGAAAAGGUUCUGUCUCGGGCUCUGAUGUACAUUCCACAACUUGGGAAAUACGCAGAGAGUAUCUUGGAGAAUGGGAGCAGCAGUGGCAGGAAACUUGCUAAACUUCAAAGAAUUGCUCGACAGGCGGUGGCUGCACUGUGUGCUCUUGGUGGCUUUAAAGAGACAAUUAAAAUAGGUUCUGAAGUACAGGUUUUGGGUAGAGGAAUAGCAGGAAGCAUUGGAGUGGUGGCUUCUAUUAAUGAACAGGAAGGUAUAGCAACUGUCAAAUUUCCACCUGCCAGUAUAGACUGUAGAAAGACCUCACAAGCAUCAGACACAUUAACUAUUCCAUUAUCUAGGCUCUGUGUUCCAAGGUCUGAGGCAUUGCCUCUUCAUAAACUGUCCAUUACUGAGAAGGUAGUACAGGCAGUCCAGUCCAUGUUGCUUCCUCAGGAGGGAAGUCUAUCUAUUCAUACCUCACUUCCUGCAACAGGAGAUGGCUCAACUCCAGUAAUGGCAGUGGUCCGGCUCCUUGGAGAAAUAAGAACAAGAGCAUGCCUGGUGAUGGCCCAGCUAUUAGAAGACAGUUUGUUUUGUGAAGAAUUCAUACAACAAUGUCCAGCUGCUGUAGAAGUUCUUAACCUGGUGGCACAAGAGUGCAGCCCUGGGGAGAGGCUUCUUGUUGUAGAAGUGCAAUGUGAAAGGUUAAGAAUGUUAUAUCGAGAUUGUGCUCGUCCCCCACCUCCGCCACUCCAGGCAGACCGAAGACAGCCCAAGGAGAUUACUUGGAGCCCUUCUAGAGUGUUCCCACCUGUGCGAGCAUGCAUGUUCUCAUCACAUCUUACAGCUGUGACCUUUUUGGCUGACCCUAGUGCAGGCGGGGGACUGCCUCGUGGCACAUUUAUCUACGCUACCUCCCCAGUUCCAGUACAAGCCCCAUCAUUUUACUGGGAGAUUGAAAUAGUUUCCUAUGGAGAUACAGAUGACGACACCGGUCCAAUAGUUUCAUUUGGGUUUGCCACUGAAGCAGAAAAGCGGGAUGGCGCGUGGACAAAUCCUGUUGGCACAUGUCUCUUUCACAAUAAUGGACGAGCUGUGCAUUACAAUGGCUCCAGCUUGCUACAGUGGAAGAGUGUUCGACUGGAUGUGACCCUUUCUCCUGGUGAUAUAGCAGGAAUUGGCUGGGAGAGAACAGAAGGCACUCCUCCCCCCCCAGGACAGCCAGCUAAAGGAAGAGUGUACUUCACGUAUUGUGGACAGCGACUUGGGCCUUAUCUGGAGGAUGUCUCUGGUGGAAUGUGGCCGGUGGUGCACAUUCAGAAAAAGAAUACAAAAGUCCGUGCUAACUUUGGAUCUCGCCAGUUUGCCUAUGCUGAGGGACAAGCUCACAGGAAUGCGGCUGAUCUGUGCAUUGACCUAGCUGAAGAAAUAAGUGCCAACUUUGAAGCACUGCCUUUUGCCAUGGCUUCCGACAGUGAUAAUGAUGCUGGUACCAGCAUAGCUUCUGAUCCUGGAACCCAUGGACCUCCUUGUAGAAUUGCUGCUGUUGCCACAGCUCAGCAACAGUAUGACAGUGACACUUCUUGUCAUUAUAAAAUGGAACUCAGCUAUGAGAACUUCUUCACAUCAGGCCCAGAUCCACAUCCCCCUGCUAUUGCAGAUGACGAAAGCGAUGAUGAUGAUGAUGACGACAUCCCCCGGGAGGAUCACUAUGCUCUCUUGGUUAAAGCCUGGGAGACUAAAGUUUUCCCUACAAUUAGAAGACGGUUUCGCAAUGAAGCUGAGAGGAAGUCUGGUCUAGACCAGAUUAAAGGGGCUUUACAGCUAGGAAUGGUCGAUAUAGCCCGACAAACAGUAGAAUUCCUUUAUGAGGAAAAUGGUGGUAUCCCAAGAGACCUCUAUCUUCCUACCAUUGAGGAUAUCAAAGACGAAGCAAAUAAAUUCACUAUUGAUAAAGUUCGGAAAGGCCUCACGGUGGUGACUCGCUUCCCAGACAGUAACAAUGUGGCCAGCAAUGCUGUGGGAACGGCUUUACCUAAAUUUGCUAUUCGUGGGAUGCUGAAGACAUUUGGGCUCCAUGGUGUUGUUCUGGACGUUGAUUCGGUAAAUGAAUUGGUGCAAGUAGAGACUUAUCUCAGAAGUGAAGGUGUGUUGGUAAGAUACUGGUAUCCUAUUGACAUGUUAGAAAGGCCACCUGCUGGCUAUAGGAGGACUGCAACAAAUGGAUUGGUUACUCUGGAUAAUACAAACAUCCAAAUUCACAGAGAACUUUUGCGAUGUGAAGCCUCACUUGCACGGUUGUACUGCCGCAUGGCUCUCCUCAAUAUUUUUGCCCCCAAAUCUCCACAUAUGUUUACUCGUCUAUUUCAUAUUCCUGCUAUCCGUGACAUCACCCUGGAGCACCUGCAGCUGCUGUCCAACCAACUUCUUGCACCACCCCUUCCUGAUGGAACAAUCAGUUCAAGUUCUAUUCUUUUGGCCCAGUCCCUACAGCAUUGUAUCCAUUCCCAGAACUGUUCUGCCACAGACCUUUUCUACCAGGGCAGUUCACAGCAAAUCAGGGAGUGGCUGACUGUAGCCAUCACCCGGACACUACAUCAAGGAGAGGAGAGUCUGUUAGAACUAACUAAACAAAUCUGUUCCUUCUUGCAGACUGCACCAGAACAAUUCCCCGCUGAAGAGUUCCCUAUUUCAGAGUCCAAAGUCAAUAUGGAUGUUAAUUUUCCUGGGGCUGCUUUUGUAGUUGUGUCCUGUAAGGAAAGUCAGUCUGGAUUCCGCAAAGAUUCCUCCCUGUAUAAGGCUCCAUGGGCUCGAGUGUUUGUCUAUGGUCUUGGUCAUAAAAUAAAAAGGAACGGUCAGUUAAACCUAACAGAGGCAGUAUGUUACCCUCGGGAUGCCUCUCCAACCAACACAGGCUUGACACCACCCCCAACAACCAAUCAGUAUCCUUCAGUGAUUAUCUCCACUGACAAGGUCCACAUCAAAUUAGGAGUAUCCCCCCCUCCUGGAGCUGUCUUAGUUUUGCACUCUCUUCCGCUUGAAUUCCCUCUGGCUGUGGCGUUUACAGAACAGCUGUUAACUUGGAAAUCAGAGGAUGGUGAUGUGAAAUCAGAAGAUGAACUGGAUACUAUCCCUGCUUCAGUUCUCUUGCAAAUGGUGGAACUUUUAGGGAACUUUCUCUGGACGACAGACAUGGCAGCUUGUGUGAAGGAACUGAUAUUUCAUCUCUUGGGAGAGUUGCUUCGCAAAAUUCACAAUCUGGAACAGAAAAAGAACCCAGCAGGGUUGUCUUCUUCCAUUGCACUUCAGCUAAAUCCCUGUCUAGCCAUGCUUAUGGCUCUUCAGUCAGAACUGCACAAACUAUACGAUGAAGAAACUCAGAACUGGGUGUCUGGAAAUGCCUGUGGUGGCUCUGGUGUGGGAGUGGCUGACCAGGGAAGAUUUUCAACCUACUUUCACGCUCUGAUGGAAGGCUGUCUAGCUGUAGCAGAAGUGACUCUGCCAAUAAACAUGAGUGUAACAGCUAGUGUGAUGUCAUCAACAAAUGCCCCAAAUCUAAGUGAUUCAUCUUCCUCCUCCUCAUCUUCUCCGGGGCAGACGCCCCAGAGCCCAAGCCUCCUGUCAAAGAGGAAAAAAGUCAAAAUGAAGCGGGAAAAGACAUCGUCUUCAGGUAAACGGUCUUCAUCCCGAGCUGCUGAAACUGACACUGCAAUUCUCAAUAUAGGAGGAAGCAAACCUGAGGAUAUGUUAUGGUUUCAUAGAGCGCUGACCUUACUUAUAAUUCUCAGACACCUAACUAAAAAGGAUCCACAAGGGCUAGGUGUGACAAAUGAUGCUGUCGCUGAUGCUUGCCAGGCACUAGUGGGUGCAACAGCUCAUAGUCGGUUACUUGUGAUUUCUGGAAUACCAACUCACUUAGAGGAGGGUAUUGUCAGAAGUGCAAUCCGGAAGGCGUGUAACGCACAUGGUGGAGUCUUCAAAGAUGAAAUCUACAUCCCUUUGCAGGAAGAGGACCCCAAAAAAAUCAAGGACAAAGCAGGAGGAGGAGAAUGUAGGACUGAAUUGGAAAAAGCAACUGUAUCUAGUAGUGCAGACAGUCUCGAUAUCAGCAGUUCUAGCAGCGUCACACCUGCCAUGAGUGUUAGUGCCUCAGCCUCGACAAGCCAGGCCUCCCUCUGCAGCUCGCAGGGUAUCUCUCGGACAAUUAGCGAUAUUUCUGUAGACCAGUUUCAAGCUUCACUGGAGUUGGCUAUUCCACCAGGACUGCUAGAGCCACAUGUUGUUUCCAGCCAGGAGAGUUUAGAUCUUUCACUUUGCAGCACUGGAAGCCUUGGCAGCCUUGGCAGUCUUGGGGAACCACUUGACAAUGUAGAAACAGCGUCUGUAUCUGAUGUUGGAUCAAUGUACACUGUCACGUCACUGGAGAACCAGCCACUGAUGUCACGGCCAAUCAAGGGUUUUGCAGUAGUGGAGAUAAGGUCACGAGCUAAAAUAGAGAAAAUCCGAGCCAGUUUAUUUAACAGUAGUGAUCUGAUUGGUUUGUCAAGUCUGGAUGGUGAAGAUGAACUAAUGGAAAUGUCAACUGAGGAGAUUUUAACUGUAUCUACUGUAAAUCAGAGUUUAUUUGAUACGCAAGGGAGCCCAGUCCUAGAAGACUAUUUUAAUGAUAAAUCGAUAAAAGGUGAGAAAUUGGUCCCAGGUGCUCGAGAAGUCCUCUCGGAAAUAUUUAAGAGCUGUGGUCACUCUGAACAAAUGCUGAGCCUGACUCCAGCGAAACCCAUUAAAGUUGCUGAUAUUUAUCUGAGCAAAGAGCAAAUAAAUUCCCAGACUCCUGGAAACCUUCUCCAUGUCUUCUUCACAAAUGUCCGCCCACCAAAGAAGGUGCUGGAGGACCAACUCACUCAGAUUUUAAGGAAAUACGGUGUGUCCAAGCCUAAGUUUGACAAGAGCAAGUAUAACAAGGCAGGCAAAGAGCAACAUCCAGUGAAAGUUGUGAGCUCCAAACGUCCGGUUACUAAACCACCUGCAAAAGAAAAGUCUGUGCUCAAUAGUGUCAGCAGAACAGCUUUAAGUGAGAAAAAACCUACUGUAAAGCCAAAAUCUCCAGAGAAGGGCAAACCUGAUGAGAAGGACCCAGAGAAGUCUCCUACAAAGAAACAAGAAGGUUGGGGCUGUCUAGAAAUUCUUCUCAUUCCUUUAUCUCUGAAAACCUGUUAUCUAUCAAAGGGUAAAGAUGUCAAACAUGUAAAGUGGCCAGUUCCAGAAGAGAAGUAUUUGACACUGGAUGGAUUUCACAGAUUUGUUGUUGAUCGAGCCAAACAGGACAUCCGUAGUGUCUGGAGAGCUAUUUUGUCCUGUGGAUAUGAUCUUCAUUUUGAAAGGUGUGCCUGCAUUGACGCGAGACACGCUCAGAAAGCAUCCCGGAAGUGGGCUUUGGAAAUGGACGUAGCCCUUGUGCAGUACAUCAACCGACUCUGCCGCCAUCUUGCCAUUACCCCGGCACGACUGCACCCACAUGAAGUUUACUUGGAUCCAGCUGACGCAGCUGAUCCCAGAGUCUCUUGUCUGCUGAAUGUUCCCAUUGAAAGUCUACGUCUGCGUUUUGCACUGCUUCAGUCUCUGAACACCAUGCUGGAGACCUUCUUCCUACCACUGGUGGAGCUGCGACAGACAGAAAUGUACACUAAUAGUAUUGCUGCAUUAUUGCAAGAGGCCAAAGGUUUAAUCUUUUAUGACACAAAGGUGACUGUAAUGAAUCGAGUGCUGAAUGCCACAGUGCAAAGAACAGCAGAUCAUGCAGCCCCAGAAAUCACACUGGAUCCCUUAGAAAUCGUGGGAGGGGAGAUCCGUUCUUCAGAGAAUUCCUACUUCUGCCAGGCAGCUAGGCAGCUAGCCUGUGUGCCAUCCUCUCAGCUCUGUGUUAAACUAGCCAGUGGUGGGGAUCCCACAUAUGCCUUUAACAUUCGCUUCACUGGAGAGGAGGUUCAUGGAACAAGUGGUUCGUUUCGUCACUUCCUGUGGCAGGUCUGUAAGGAGUUACAGAGCUCCUCGCUUUCCCUGCUCUUGUUGUGCCCCAGCUCUGCAGUCAAUAAGAAUAAGGGGAAGUAUAUUCUGACACCUAGUCCUAUAACCUAUGCGGAAGAGCAGUUGCUUCAUUUCUUUGGACAGCUGCUGGGCAUUGCAGUUAGAGCUGACGUUCCUCUUCCACUGGAUCUCUUAUCCUCAUUCUGGAAGACCUUAGUAGGAGAACCACUGGAUCCAGAUGUUGAUCUCCAGGAAGCUGACAUCCUUACCUACAACUAUGUCAAAAAAUUUGAAAAUAUAAACGAUGAGACUGAACUGGAGGCCUUGUGUGCUGAAAUUGCAUCCCAGCACCUAGCCACAGAGAGCCCUGAUUGUCCUAAUAAACCGUGCUGCAAGUUCACCUACCUGAGCAUGACCGGCGAGGAGGUGGAGCUGUGUCCUAGAGGCAGGCACAUUCCCGUCAUCUGGGAGAAUAAGGACAUAUAUGCAACAGCAAUCCGGAAUCUGAGGCUGCAUGAACUGCAGAAUCCUGACUGCAUGACGGCUGUGCGGGCUGGACUAGGGUCGAUUAUACCCCUGCAGCUUCUAACAACGCUGACUCCUCUAGAAAUGGAGCUAAGGACAUGUGGGUUACCUUACAUUAACCUGGAGUUCCUGAAGGCACACACCAUGUACCAGGUGGGGCUGAUGGAAACAGACCAACAUAUUGAAUUUUUCUGGGGUGCAUUAGAAAUGUUUACUCAAGAAGAACUCUGCAAAUUCAUCAAGUUUGCCUGCAACCAGGAACGAAUCCCCUUUACAUGUCCAUGUAAAGAUGGAGGGCCAGAUACUGCACAUGUCCCACCUUAUCCCAUGAAAAUUGCACCCCCAGAUGGAGCUGCAGGUUCCCCAGAUUCUCGGUAUAUCCGUGUUGAAACGUGUAUGUUCAUGAUAAAGCUUCCUCAAUAUUCCUCUCUGGAUAUAAUGCUAGAAAAGCUCCGGUAUGCUGUUCACUACAGAGAGGAUCCACUUAGCGGCUGAGUUGGGCAAGACCAAGACUAGGGAUGCUUUUGGGAGGCUCGUUUCAUGACUCUGCUCUGUUGGAACCCUGUGAUUUACCUGCAAAUACCUCCAGUGACAGUACAUGAAGAAUUGGAGACUAAUUUAUUUUCUGAACUUUUGUUCCCAUUACAGUAAUUACUGGAAGACUUACAUUUUGUAUUUGUAGAUUUUGUGGUGGACUGGUUAUUUUGCUGCCUUGUUUGUGGAAUAUUUGUAGGAUAGUUUAGUACAGAACAGUUUGAUGUGUAUAAUUUAAUUUUAAAAGAUCUUUGAACAUGUACAUUUCUAAUUUUGUAAUUUAAAAUUGUGUUGCCCAUCCAAACACAACAAACUUGGCUAUUCUGAGGUUGAGAGCUCAGAUCUAAAUGAUUAGAGCUCAUUCUCCCUCUAAAACAUUUCUGAGUACAAAAAUGUGAUUUUUUUUUAAAUUAAUUUUCACAUUUUCCAUGAAAUCAGAACAACAUCCCUCUCAUAUGAAAGCUGAGAGUUUGUUUUCUGUACUCGAUACACUGAACUUCCAGCGCGCGCGCGCACACACACACACACACACACACACGGGUUUUGUAACAGAAAAUAGGUUUCCCAAUUACAGGUGUUUACAUAUCCUGAAAUGUUCUUGAUUAAAUACAAAUCAGACACAUUGGUAACUGCCACAGUAAAUUUCAAUGUUUUAUUUUCAAACUUUCCUCUUCAGAGUUGGAUAACUCUGAAAAACCCAGAACAGUGAAGAAUAUGAUACAGUUAAGUCCUAAUCAAGACAUUCCUGGAUUGAUACUGAACCUACUAACAAAAAUUCCUUCACUGAUCUUUGAUUUUUUGGAAGAAAGAGUGGGUUCUCUCUAUGGUGUAUAAAAUACCACAUUCCAUGUUUAAAAUAUUAACCAGUCAGUGAUUAAAGCACCUGUACUUUGUUUUUUGUACUCAAAAAUGAUUUAUCUAAAAGGAAGCAAAUUAUCCUAAAAAUGUGACACCUAGAAGGGGGACAAAGACACAGAGUUGCUGAAUUGAAGAUGUAGCUUCUAUUUUAUAUAGAAAGAUAAUGGUGGAAUACCGGGAGGUGACAAUUCUGUAUGUUAAACUGUUGUAUGUUAUGGAAUGUGUUCUGCAGCGGUAAAACACACCACAUCUAUCUUCCUUCACUAAUGCAAACAAGUGUUGCCCUCUAUUGGGUGUAUUUAAAGUGAGGCAUCACUUCAUAAACCAUUUAGAACUGAACUCAUAUGAAAAACCUAUUUGUGCUCAAGAACCGAAGAGAACACUGAAAUUACUGCUGUACUUCUUGGCUCAGUACUAUCUGUAAGUUAAGUGCCAGUACUGAGCUACAGAUUAGUCAUUUUCCUGCUGGUGCACAUCUAACCACAGAAAGGUCUAGGACUCUGUGUGUGUGACUGUACUUUAAGGUUGGUAUUACGUGUCUCUUUAGAAGACAGACAUACACUAAUUGUUUGGCUUGUCAGUUGUAAUGGGAAUUGAAAAGCUGUAUUUUUUGUAUAUUAUUGUGAAUAUUGGGAAUUAUUAUGUGUGUGAUAUGUUUGGAGAGCAGGAUGUGUGAGAACAGAGAAAGCCACUAAGUGUGUAGGUCUGAGUGUGAAUGGAAAGGUGUGUGUGUAACAGCUGUAGUAGUAGUAGUUGGCAUACAAUGGCUCCAAAUCCUUUUGUUAGAACUGUCACCAUUCUAUAGCAUUCCCCUCCCCCUCUCCUCUGAGAAACAUGUAGGAAUAAUAUAUAUUCUUGAAUCUUGUCCACUUUCUGGUAGAAGCAUAGAUGUAGAUGAAAUAUCAUUCCAAGUAAGGCAAACGUGUAAAGUUUACCAAGACCAGAGGAAAACUAAGCACAAUAUGUUGCUUGAAAUGCUUUAGUCCCAUCUAAAAAGUGCAUUCUCAAACAGCUGCUGAGCAAGGGGAACAUGAAGAAUGUCAUCUGAGUUUCAGAGCAGAACUACUUUUCCUGACAAUUAAAUGCUUUGGUUUUCUUUCUGGGUUUGAAUAGCAUUUUUGUACUGUUUAAGUAUCUCCUUUCAAACCCCUAACAACUUGAGUAGACUCAAAAUUCAGUCAAAUGCCUCCCUGGUAGGGGUUUGAGGACUGUGGUAUGCCAAUCCUUUCCUAGGAUAUGAUUACAGCUGUGAGUAAGAUAACUGCUGCUAAUGUUUCUGCUUCUCCUUCCAGAAAGCACAUGUGAGUAAAGCAUCUCCACACCGUGGCCCUGAAAUGUGUGCUGUAAAGUUACUUGAUCUAUUAUUUAUUAUAGUUAUUUAUGGUUGCAUUUAACAAACUUUUAGUCAAUGCUGUUUACACCCUGCUGUGUAAAUGAAGCUUCUUCCUACAGGAAAAAUGUGUCAACAAUAAAUAACCUUCAUCUA